AUGGUGUAUUUAAUUAAUGACGUGCUUUACUCAAUAUUUGAAGAAUUAAGAAAUGACAAAAAAUCUCUUUAUUCAUGUCUUUUAGUAGACAGGACUUGGUGUGUAGUAGCAGUGCCAAUUUUAUGGAAAAAUCCUACACGAACUGAUAAUCCUAAUUAUUAUUUAUCAGAAAAAGUAGUGUGUGCAUUAUUUAAUGUAAUAUACUCACAUUUACCUGUAGAAUUAAGAGAAUAUGAUAUUGAAACAUAUCAACAUCCUUCAUUUAAUUACAUUAACUUCUGGAGACAUUUAGACUUUGAUCAUUUAAACUGUAUAAUUGAACGAAAAUUGAUUGGAACGUCCAACGACUCCAUCGUGUCUAACAUAAGAAAUGAGAUGUUAAAAUUAUUUAUUAAUAGGGAUACAAAGUUUACUCAUCUUUCCAUUUACAUAAAUUAUGAUUGCCAACUCUAUCAAAUUUCAGGAACUGAGCAUUGUUUUUCAGAGCUUGAAUCUUUUUGUUAUACAGGCAAUAGUGAUCAGAGUAUUUUAGAAGGAUUAGCUAAAAUAUGCAAAUCAAUUAAAAAAUUAGUAUUUGAUAUUAUUCGUUACCCCACUGAUAACUCCGGAUUCAUUAAACUAAUUGAAGUACAAAAAAAUCUAAAUGACGUUUGUAUCUUCCAUAUAUAUGAUGGAGAUGAUCCAAAUAAUUCAUUUUACAAAACUCUUGAAGAAAUAUUGAUUAAGCAUGCAAAUACUCUCAAAUAUUUGAGAAUUGAUUGGAAACCUAUUACAAGAUUUCUUUCAUAUCUUGUAAAUUUAUUAAGUUUAGAAAUUAGAAUUCCUCACUUAGUAUAUUAUAAUGAGCCAGAUAAUUUAAAAAAUUUAUCAUUUCCUAAUUUAAGAAUCCUCAAAGUUCGACAAAUUCCUUCUAAAAUUAUAACAAAUUUAAUUGAAAGUACAAAAGGAAAUCUUGUUAAAAUUAAAAUUAAAUAUUGUGAUAGUGAUAAUAUAAAAAGACUUAUUCAAGCAAUUUAUCAGAAUUGUCCAAAUCUUGAAUAUCUAAAAUUAUCAUUAUUAUCUAAUGCUGAUUUAAUUUUUCCGGAAUUUGAAGAUUUAUUAAUUAAAUGUAAAUUUUUAAAUGGAUUAGUUUUUAAUACAUAUGAUGAUAAAUUUGAUUGGGUUAAUUUAUUCUCAAUAUUAACUAAAUCAUCACCAAUUAGUUUGAUUAAUUUUAAAUUUUUUUCUAUUAAGGUACAAUAUAUAAAAGAUGUAACAUUAUUUCUUAAUAAUUGGAAAGAUAGGUAUCCAAUAUCUUUAAGUUUAACUAAUCAUAAUCUAAAUUACUAUGAAGUAAAACAACAAUUACAAGAUUAUAAAACGAAAGGUAUUAUAAAAAAAUGUUACUUUAAUAGCGGAGAAAUUUGA